AAACGAUAAUAAUUUGACGGGGGAAAAAAAAAAAAACAAUAGGACAUAAACUUGAACCCCCCCCCCCCCCAAAAAAAAUAAUCCAAACAUGGACGCUGCUCGUUUUGUCGCCGCGCAGCACGUCUCGUGCCACGGCACGAACGUGGAUCUCUUCAAACCCGUGGCAGAGCGUGGAUCUCUACAGCCCGCCGCCCCGCUGAAAACCAGCCGGAAUAAACCCGAGCAAACCAAAGCGGAGCUGGCGCAAGUGGUGACGGAUUCCAGGACGGGCCGAUCCUACAGCAAAGGGAAGCUCCUGGGGAAGGGUGGUUUCGCUCGAUGCUACGAGAUGACAGACCUCACCAACAACAAAAUGUACGCAGUGAAGGUGAUCCCGCAGAGCCGAGUGUCCAAACCACACCAGAGGGAUAAGAUUACAAAUGAGAUCGAGCUCCACAGAGCCCUGUCGCACAAGCACAUAGUGAAGUUCUCCCAUCAUUUUGAAGACCAAGAAAACAUCUACAUAUUUCUCGAGCUCUGCAGCCAGAAGUCCCUGGCACACAUUUGGAAGGCCAGACACACACUGAUGGAGCCGGAGGUACGGUAUUACCUUAGACAGAUCAUCUCCGGCUUGAAAUACCUCCACAGCAGAGGCAUUCUCCACAGAGAUCUGAAACUAGGGAACUUCUUCAUCAAUGAAAACAUGGAGCUGCGGCUGGGAGACUUCGGCCUCGCUGCCAAACUGGAGACUGUUGAACAAAGGAAGAAGACAAUCUGUGGGACUCCCAACUAUUUGGCCCCCGAGGUGCUGAACAGACAAGGCCACGGCACAGAGUCUGAUGUCUGGUCUCUUGGAUGUGUGAUGUACACCCUGAUGUGCGGGAACCCUCCCUUUGAGACGUUGGACCUGAAGGAAACCUACAAGUGUAUAAAGGAAGUGCGAUAUAACCUGCCGUCAUCACUGUCUCCUGCUGCACAGAAGCUCAUCUCAAACAUCCUGCAGAAGAACCCCAGGGACAGACUGACAUUGGAUCAAAUCCUCAACCACGACUUCUUCACAAAAGGCUUCACUCCCGAUAAACUUCCAGCCAGCAGCUGUGUGAUGGUGCCAGAGCUCCACCCUCCUAGCCCCGCCAAGAAAUUCUUCACUAAAAUGGCAAAGAGCCUCUUCAGCAAGAAGAAAGCAAAAGCCGAGAAAAGUCCCUGCGAGGAGAAAGAUGAGAAGGACAUAUCCAAGCUGGUGUCGGGCAUCGUUAAGUGUUCAAUCAACCGGCAGAUCAGCUACAAAACCGUGGGACCCAAUGAGGUUCCUUCGCCCAGUGGUCAUCUGGUUAGCUCUGUACCUCUGGAACAGACUGCUGCAGAGGAGGAGUCCAGGAAAUCAAUCUCCCGCUCCUUCAAGGGCACAAUGGCCAGCAGCACUGAACCAUGUGAUGACGUCCUAACCCCUGCAGCUGUUACCGAAUCAGUCCUGAAAGUCCUCAACAGCUGCCUGGGUACCAUGCCUGCAGCUACUAGAAACCCACCAUGUUUGUCCAGGCCGCAGUCCUUCCUGUGGGUGACUAAAUGGGUUGACUACUCCAACAAGUAUGGUUUUGGGUACCAACUCUCCAACCGAAGUAUUGGCGUCCUCUUCAACGAGGGCACACACCUCAGUCUCUGUGACAAACGCAAGACAGUCCACUACUGCCUGACCAACAACAAACAUUUCACUUUUCCAGCCAACUCUUUACCUGAGCAACUGAGGAGCCAGAAACAAAUUGUAGAGCUUAUGGCUAACUACAUGGAGCAGAACCUCAUGGAGGGUGGAGACUUGCAUUGCGAGGAGCAAGUUGGUGGCCCGCCUCCUCUGCUGCUCCAAUGGGUAAAGACGGACCAUGCUCUGGUCAUGCUCUUCAACAAUGGCACACUACAGGUGAACUUCUACACAGAUCACACUAAGGUCAUCCUGUGCAAGUCAUUGGACAACUCCUAUCUGCUCACCUACAUAAGCCGGGAACGGAUCUCCUACACGUACCUCCUCAGUAUGCUGAACGAGAUGGGCUGUACAUCUGAGCUGCGACACAGACUACGAUACGUGGUUCAGCUUCUUCAGCACCACACCGAUGCCUGAAAACACACCAACUGUGACUGGCAGAGAAGUUGGAGGCAACUUGACUUGGUUAAACAUUGUUUCAACAGCGUGACUGGGCUUAUAUUUCUCCAGGAAGUGCCAAGAGGACCUGACUACUGUUCAGACAGUGGGUGGAAGGCUACUUAACUCUUACCAAUAUCCUUGACUGAACUGGUUCAACAGUUUAUCAAUCGAUUUUUGGAGGAGUGAAACACCUUGAAGAACAUCAGGCAGUCAAGAAGAUGCCAAGGGUUUGUGCCUGUCCAACAAAUGCCUCAAAGGUAUCCACCUAGAUGGUAUUGAUGCCUAAUACAGGACUGACCUUAAACAAUAAGGCCUUCACAGGCAGAUGACUGAAAUGAACACCCAAACUCCCGUUUUCCUCCCCUCAGUCACUCAACCACUGCUUCUUGGCUGGAUCUUUCAAGGCCACCAACCAACUUACAGCAUUGUUUCAUAGGCAAUACCCAGGCAUGGCUUCUCAAAGGUAUCCGAACACUAAAAUUGUCCAGUUCAUUUGCAUUGGAAGUGCUAAAUCUUGCCAUUAGAACAAUUCUAGACCUAUAUCAAGGCAAUUAAGUUUGACUUGAACUGGAAAUGUGAUCUUGCAGCAGAGGUUGUUUUGGGAGAAUUGCGCUUUGAUUGAGAGAGACCCUCCUGCCCUUGGUUUCUGGUCUCCUUUGGGUUCUGGUGCACGUAUUCAUUUUCUAACUUUUAAAUUGAGCCAGCUAUAAGAUCACACUACAAUCUCAACCUCACACACACAAAUUAACAUUCCUGGCCUUAUUUGAUCAUGGUGAUGCUUAAGUUUGGAGUGAGCCUUCUGCUUCAGCAUCACUUGGCUUUAGUUACAUUAAUCAAAACCGGUUUCACGGCUGUGGUACACUUAUACUCAAGGGGAUUAUGGGAGCAACACAAUUUUGCACUUUUUUGGCAAUUUAGUUUAGCAAGCAAAACUUUUUUUACUACCACUUGUUUUAUUUGUUUUUAAUGAUACCAAAAGGCAACUUCUGUUUUUAGUCUGUUUUAAAUGAACAUGCAGUAGGUGAAUGUUGUGUGCCACACAUGCUUGGGGGGGGAACAGAGCUGUUGGUUGGAAUAUAAAGGGAGGGGGGGUUAAAAGUGCCUUUAUUCAAGGAUGCCUGUAUGG